CUUUGAGAAAUUGAGAGAUUUCCUUGUCGGGAUUAAAGUAAUUCUUUAAUUUACGUCUGUUACGGGUCAACCGGUGCUUUUUAGUUAAGAUAUUGUUAUUACAGUUAUUUACCUUGCCGCUGUCUGUGAGUGAGUCAGCGACAACCGUGUAAAUAUUUCAUAAGGACACUAGAAAUUGUUCCAUCAGACAUACCAUUACAUUUUGGUGGUCUAAUUUGUUGAUUUACUUCUAAAUAUGACUGAAACUUCACCGGACGAACCCAGUCCUAAUCGCAAGGACUUUAUUUGCGGGGUUGUUGAAGGCUUUUACGGACGACCGUGGACUACGGAACAAAGGAAAGACUUGUUUCAAAAAUUAAAAAAAUGGGGCAUGGACAUGUAUGUCUACGCUCCAAAGGACGACUACAAGCACCGAGCCUACUGGAGAGAGUUGUAUACUGUGGAGGAGGCUGAACAUCUGACCUCACUGAUAUCCGCUGCGAAGGCUCAGGGCAUUAUAUUCUGUUACGCAUUGUCUCCCGGACUGGAUAUUACGUACAGUAGUCAAAAGGAAAUAACUACUUUGAAAAGGAAAUUGGAACAGGUGUCCCAAUUUGGCUGCACAUGUUUCGCUCUCCUCUUCGAUGACAUUGAGCCGGAAAUGAGUGAGGCAGAUAAACAGAUCUUCCAGAGCUUUGCACACGCUCAAGUGUCAGUAACGAACGAGAUCCACCAGCACCUUGGCUGCCCCCGCUUCCUCCUGUGUCCGACGCAGUAUUGUUCGACGCGCGCGGUGCCCACCGUCAACAGCUCGGAGUAUCUGAACACGCUCGGCACUAAACUCUCGCAGCAGAUCGAUAUUAUGUGGACUGGUCCCAAAGUGAUAUCCAAAGUCCUAACAACGGAGGCGAUAGAGGAGAUCACACAGGUGCUACGGAGACCACCUGUCAUCUGGGACAACCUACAUGCCAACGAUUAUGACCAGAAACGAAUCUUUUUGGGUCCAUAUUGCGGUCGUUCUCCCGAGUUGAUCCCGCUACUUCGCGGUGUACUAACAAACCCGAACUGCGAGUACAACGCCAACAUGAUCCCGAUCUGGACGCUCGCGCACUGGGCCAGCUGCAGUCUGGAUGCUCCUGCGCAUAUGGAAGCUGUUUCCUGGGACAUCAAAUUAGAAAGAGAGAGCGAGCAAGGCGUGUGUGAAGACGAAGCACCUCUCACUCUAGGCAAACACGUUUAUCAUCAUCGACAAGCUCUGAGACAAGCGAUCAACGAAUGGCUACCAGAGUUUUCCAUUCCAAAGUCUGCUACAGGUCCCGUGAUUAAACCACAGCCUACUAUCACAGUACCACCAGUGCCGAUCAUCCCGAUCCUGCCAUCAGUGAACACGUGCAUGUCUCUGGUGACGGCCACCAGCAAUACUUCGACCACCAGCACGGCGGACAUGGCCCCCGCCAUACCCACCGUCAAUACUUCGCAAUUACAAGCACUCGCUGAUGGAUGCUCGGCGGCUAAUGAUCGCCCUAUACUGUCUACUAGGGUAUCACCAAUCGAAACAUUCAACCCCGUACCGAACCCAGUAAUGAACUCCCUAGUAUCCCCAACAAAAGUUAUCCUAAACGAAUCUAUCCCCAAUCCGAUAAUCCCCAUAGCGAGUUCAAACAUAUCAUUACCUUCGGAAAUUCCCGUUUCGACCCUCCCCGUCCCAAUCCUAGGUUUGAAAGCGUUGGAAGGGAGUGAGAACAAGAAUAAUCAUGAAAUGGAUAAAUCAGAUAAUAGUAAUGAUACAUUACUAACGGAUAGUAUAUUGGAGACCAGCUUUGACAUGAAGAAAGAUAAGGAGGGAGAGGAUGGUGACCAGAUCAUUGUUGAUGACUUGGACCCUCCUGCGGAACAGAGGAACGGGGAAAUGAGUGUCGGUGACACACCUCAAACAUUAAGUCCGAGUCGUAACACUGAGCCCGGAGUGGAGCCGCUCGAUGUAGAUCCUCCGUCCACUGCUGCCACUGAUCCUGACGUCAUCAUGAACGAUGGAAUGAGUGAGAAUGGAUCGAUGCAAGUAGAACCGAGUCAUAGUCCUCUCAGUACAGAUAUGAUGGUGGAACCGGCUGAGCCCACAGAAACCGUUGACGAGCCUGUGGACAACGAAGAUCCUUCAAUAGAUCCCAAUGCCUUAGUGGCAGAUGAUCUGCUAUUACUAUGUGAUCUCUUCUACCUGCCAUUUGAACAUGGAUCCCGUGGUCUAAGACUGUUACAUGACUUCAACUGGUUGACUACGCAUGCGGCGAGUCUACUGCCUAGAGGGAAUAAACCUGAGACGAGUGAAUGGCGUCGUCGACGAAGUAGGUUCGCAUGGUGGGUGUGUCGCACCCGGCGACUGGCGCGGCGGCUGGCGGCCGCGCAGAACCAAGAGCUGCACGCCGAGCUGCAGCCCUACGUGUGGGAGCUGUGCGCCGUCCUCGCGCUACUGGACGGGUUCCUGCGGUGGCUUGAACUCGGCAAAUAUCCUCAAAACAUUGCGAAUAACACUCAAGGAAGCUACACAUGGUUCUCGAAAGGCUGGCGUGAGGCUUUUGAAAGUGGUGCUCAAGAGCCCUGGGUCUUCCGAGGUGGACUUACAGCAGAUUUGAGAAGAUUGUUACCAGUGGAAUGUACCAGCGAUGCGUUGAGGACGUUACCUCCUCCAACUAUACUACCACUGACGAUUAGACCUUAUUCAGCUGCUGAUGAAGAAGCGGUAUGCGCGAUAUGCCACAAGACGUGUCGCGAUGGAUCUGACUGCAGUGACCUCUUUCCUAGCGAUCUGCAAACUUUACCAGCUGACAGGCUAGUAGCCCCAUUCCUGACACUAUACCCCGAACUAUGCAUGGUGAUAGAAGAUGACGAGGAGUGCAUGCCGCAGGAGGUGGACCCUUCAGGGGACGAUGAUGAAAAACGAACCACUGAACCUAGAGUCAACGGUGUGAAACCCGAGAUAGUAGGCUACGCCUGCGCAGUGCUGAACAGCAAGGAGUUCUACAAGCGACAGGAGGUCGCCUGGAUACCUGAGAUGUGUAACAAGUACCCGGAACAACUCACUGAGAGACAGGACCUUAGUCAGGCUGCCAAGGAGUGCGUCCGCCACUUCCACCAGUUCGGCGCGGCGUGCGUGGCGCCGGACGGCGUGGCCCGCGCACACCCCGCGCUACUGUCGUGCUGCGUCCUGCGCCACUGUCGCGACCCGCUCGCACCCGCCCGCCUACUCACUUGUCUACUGGCCGCGCUGCGGGCGCACGGUACUGUACUACACACUACAACCCCUCGUACACUGCGCCACUGUCGCGACCCGCUCGCACCCGCCCGCCUGCUCACUUGUCUACUGGCCGCGCUGCGGGCGCACGGUACUGUACUACACACUACAACCCCUCGUACACUGCGCCACUGUCGCGACCCGCUCGCACCCGCCCGCCUGCUCACUUGUCUACUGGCCGCGCUGCGGGCGCACGGUACUGUACUACACACUACAACCCCUCGUACACUGCGCCACUGUCGCGACCCGCUCGCACCCGCCCGCCUGCUCACUUGUCUACUGGCCGCGCUGCGGGCGCACGGUACUGUACUACACACUACAACCCCUCGUACACUGCGCCACUGUCGCGACCCGCUCGCACCCGCCCGCCUGCUCACUUGUCUACUGGCCGCGCUGCGGGCGCACGGUACUGUACUACACACUACAACCCCUCGUACACUGCGCCACUGUCGCGACCCGCUCGCACCCGCCCGCCUGCUCACUUGUCUACUGGCCGCGCUGCGGGCGCACGGUACUGUACUACACACUACAACCCCUCGUACACUGCGCCACUGUCGCGACCCGCUCGCACCCGCCCGCCUGCUCACUUGUCUACUGGCCGCGCUGCGGGCGCACGGUACUGUACUACACACUACAACCCCUCGUACACUGCGCCACUGUCGCGACCCGCUCGCACCCGCCCGCCUGCUCACUUGUCUACUGGCCGCGCUGCGGGCGCACGGUACUGUACUACACACUACAACCCCUCGUACACUGCGCCACUGUCGCGACCCGCUCGCACCCGCCCGCCUGCUCACUUGUCUACUGGCCGCGCUGCGGGCGCACGGUACUGUACUACACACUACAACCCCUCGUACACUGCGCCACUGUCGCGACCCGCUCGCACCCGCCCGCCUGCUCACUUGUCUACUGGCCGCGCUGCGGGCGCACGGUACUGUACUACACACUACAACCCCUCGUACACUGCGCCACUGUCGCGACCCGCUCGCACCCGCCCGCCUGCUCACUUGUCUACUGGCCGCGCUGCGGGCGCACGGUACUGUACUACACACUACAACCCCUCGUACACUGCGCCACUGUCGCGACCCGCUCGCACCCGCCCGCCUGCUCACUUGUCUACUGGCCGCGCUGCGGGCGCACGGUACUGUACUACACACUACAACCCCUCGUACACUGCGCCACUGUCGCGACCCGCUCGCACCCGCCCGCCUGCUCACUUGUCUACUGGCCGCGCUGCGGGCGCACGGUACUGUACUACACACUACAACCCCUCGUACACUGCGCCACUGUCGCGACCCGCUCGCACCCGCCCGCCUGCUCACUUGUCUACUGGCCGCGCUGCGGGCGCACGGUACUGUACUACACACUACAACCCCUCGUACACUGCGCCACUGUCGCGACCCGCUCGCACCCGCCCGCCUGCUCACUUGUCUACUGGCCGCGCUGCGGGCGCACGGUACUGUACUACACACUACAACCCCUCGUACACUGCGCCACUGUCGCGACCCGCUCGCACCCGCCCGCCUGCUCACUUGUCUACUGGCCGCGCUGCGGGCGCACGGUACUGUACUACACACUACAACCCCUCGUACACUGCGCCACUGUCGCGACCCGCUCGCACCCGCCCGCCUGCUCACUUGUCUACUGGCCGCGCUGCGGGCGCACGGUACUGUACUACACACUACAACCCCUCGUACACUGCGCCACUGUCGCGACCCGCUCGCACCCGCCCGCCUGCUCACUUGUCUACUGGCCGCGCUGCGGGCGCACGGUACUGUACUACACACUACAACCCCUCGUACACUGCGCCACUGUCGCGACCCGCUCGCACCCGCCCGCCUGCUCACUUGUCUACUGGCCGCGCUGCGGGCGCACGGUACUGUACUACACACUACAACCCCUCGUACACUGCGCCACUGUCGCGACCCGCUCGCACCCGCCCGCCUGCUCACUUGUCUACUGGCCGCGCUGCGGGCGCACGGUACUGUACUACACACUACAACCCCUCGUACACUGCGCCACUGUCGCGACCCGCUCGCACCCGCCCGCCUGCUCACUUGUCUACUGGCCGCGCUGCGGGCGCACGGUACUGUACUACACACUACAACCCCUCGUACACUGCGCCACUGUCGCGACCCGCUCGCACCCGCCCGCCUGCUCACUUGUCUACUGGCCGCGCUGCGGGCGCACGGUACUGUACUACACACUACAACCCCUCGUACACUGCGCCACUGUCGCGACCCGCUCGCACCCGCCCGCCUGCUCACUUGUCUACUGGCCGCGCUGCGGGCGCACGGUACUGUACUACACACUACAACCCCUCGUACACUGCGCCACUGUCGCGACCCGCUCGCACCCGCCCGCCUGCUCACUUGUCUACUGGCCGCGCUGCGGGCGCACGGAGCUAGCGGCGUCCACGCAUGUAUUAACGCGACAGACCACUACCUGCACCAGUUUUACAGCAAGCUCGGCUUCGUGGAGCUGCACCGCGGUACUGCGGGCCGCCUGUACCUGGCGCGCGCCUUCUAGCGCCCGCCCCCUCGACCGCGCCGCAGGCACGCGCGCUGUCUGCCACGCUCGCACUACCCACCAUUACAUUACCGGUAUUAACCACUAUU